GACCGAGAGACAGAGACUGGAGAUAAAGAGUAGAGAAGAGAGACUCGCCGGCUUGCUGCGCCGCCACAGCCGUCAGCCACUCCGCCGGCCAUCCAUGCUAGACACAGGCCGCCGCCACUGACCCACGCAUCACGCACGCCUCCAGUCGCCGCUGGUGGUUGAUCCGCCCACCCCACUUCCGAUACCGGUGAUAAGCACACUUAAUGUUGCCGAAGCAUUCAAUUCUAGGAACCUGGAAGCGGAGUCUCUGGAGGAAGAGUUUCAAGUUCUUCACAACCCUUUGUCAAUCUCCACAAGCCCCUCACAACUACAUAGUUUCUACCAACAUUUCUAUAACUAAGUACUGCAAAAAUGGCCAGCUCGACUUUGCUCGGAACCUGUUCGAUGAAAUGCCUAGCCGAACUGUUGUCUCAUGGAACACCAUGAUAUCAGGUUACUCCAAAUGGUGGCAAUACUAUGAAGCUCUGAAACUAACUUCCAUUAUGCACGGUAGUAAUAUAAAGCUCAAUGAGACCACUUUUUCGACUGCAUUAAGUGUAUGUGCGCGUUCCUCGUCAGUCUGUGAGGGAGAAGAGCUACAUUGUCUAAUUUUGAAAUCUGGGUUUGAGAGAUUUGAGCUUGUGGGUAGUGCAUUGUUGUACCUUUACGCAAGUUGUAUUGAUAUUGAAGGGGCAAAGCGGGUGUUUGAUGAGUUGCACGGUGAAAAUGAGUUGUUGUGGAGUUUGAUGCUUGUGGGGUAUGUGCAAUGUAACUUGAUGAGCGAGGCUUUGGAUGUGUUUAAUAAGAUGUCAUCUAGGGAUGUUGUGGCAUGGACUACGUUGAUUUCUGGGUAUGCGAGGAGCGAGGAUGGGUGUGAAUGGGCUUUAGAGUUGUUUAGGAGGAUGAGGGGGAGUGGUGAGGUGGAGCCUAAUGAAUUUACUUUGGAUUGUGUUAUAAGGGCUUGUGGAAGACUAGGAAGCCUAAGAGAAGGGAGGAUUGCUCAUGGGCUUUUGAUAAAAUAUGGGUUUGAAUUUGAUCACUCGAUUGCUAGUGCAUUAAUUGAAUUCUAUUGCGAUUUUGAAGCUAUUGAUGAGGCCAAGAGAGUUUAUGAUUGGAUGGGAAACCUAGGUUUAAAUGCUUCAAAUUCACUUAUUGGAGGGCUCAUAUUUAUGGGUAGGAUUGUAGAUGCUGAGAUAAUUUUUGGUAGGCUAGUUGAAAAGAGUGCAGUAUCAUAUAAUCUGAUGAUUAGAGGUUAUGCAAUGAGUGGCCAAGUCGAGGAAUCUGAGAAACUGUUUAAUACAAUGACGGAAAAAACUAUAAUUUCUUUGAAUACCAUGAUUUCUGUGUAUUCCAGGAAUGGGGAAAUUGAUAAAGCUUUGAAGCUAUUUGAAGAAACAAAAGGGGAAAGAAACCCAGUGACAUGGAAUUCAAUGAUGUCGGGUUAUAUUCAAAAUCAUCGACAUGAAGAUGCUUUCAAACUAUAUGUGACCAUGCACAGAUUAUCAAUAGACCAUACUAGAUCAACUUUUUCUGCUCUUUUUCAUGCCUGUACAUGCCUUGGAUCUCUUCAACUAGGAGAAUUACUUCAUGCCCAUGUGAUCAAAACACCAUUUGAAUCAAAUGCUUAUGUUGGAACUUCUCUUGUAGAUAUGUACUCCAAAUGUGGGAGCAUCUCCAAUGCACAAAAAUCAUUUUGUGGUAUCUCUUCACCCAAUGUGGCAGCGUGGACAGCUCUUAUUAAUGGAUAUGCACAUCAUGGGCUUGGCUCCAAAGCAAUUUUACUCUUUGAGGAAAUGUUAAAGCAAGGAGUUGUUCCCAAUGGAGCUACCUUUGUGGGGAUUCUGUCUGCUUGUGGUCGUGCUGGUCUAGUCGAUGAAGGGAUGAAAUUUUUCCACUUAAUGCAAAAAUGUUAUGGAGUAACACCAACUUUGGAACACUAUGCAUGUGUGGUGGAUCUUCUUGGUCGCUCAGGCUAUCUACAAGAAGCUGAGGAGUUCAUAAAAGCAAUGCCUAUUGAAGCAGAUGGGGUUGUCUGGGGAGCUUUACUUAGUGCCUGUUGGUUCUGGACAAAAAUGGAGUUGAUUGGGAGAGUGGCUGAGAAGAUCUUCAAUUUGGAUCCUAAGGCAGUAUCUGCUCAUGUUAUUCUAUCUAACAUGCAUUCGAUAUUGGGCAAAUGGGGAGAGAAGAUGAAUGUGAGGAAGAGAUUAAGGAGCUUAGGCAUAAAAAAGGCUCCCGGGUGUAGUUGGAUUGAGUUGGAAAGCAACGUUCAUGUGUUCACUGUAGAAGAUAGAACCCAUCCUCAUUGUAAUGUCAUUUAUGCAACUUUGGAGCAUUUAACAUCAAAUAUAAAUUCCCUGGUUCAAUAUGAUUUUUAUUUUGGUUUUACAUCAAUAGUGGAGGCUGAUUUCUUUAAAACAAAAUACCCUUGUUGAUAAAGGUCAUGUUAGUUGUGUGAUUCAUUCUCCUAUCUCAUAAGCAAGAGGAAGUGUGGGCCUUUUUUGUUAUUGUGCUGUGCUCUCUUAUGGAAGCAACCAGUUUAACCAUUUCAUGGGAGUAGCACUACUUGCACAAUCCAGUCCUAGAAAACUACAGAGGGUAAGGUGGGCCUUUUAGUGAUUUCAGUAUAUACAGGCUGGUGGAUUGAUUCUGUCUUCAUUGUAUUUUAUCUUUUCAUUUUUGCUUCUCUCCUUUGCAUGUCAUUCUCUCAAUAUGUGAUAGUUUCUUGUCAUAUCUCUCCAACAGAUACUGAUCUCAAAUAGAGAAGGAUUAUGCCAUUAAAAGAGAAGGGAAAGAUUUUGUUCUUGCUGAAAUCUAAAGAAAAAUAGUAACAAAAAAUUUCUGUUUUGCUGUAAUUCAAAGAAAAGGAGAAGAAACAUGAUUGAAAAGGGAAAAAAGUUGGAUUGGAACAGGUACUGGGGAGAGAAAAAUCUGAGACUGCAGAAGAAGAAUAAAAGAGAUCAAAAGAGAGAUAAAUCUCAGGGCAGCCCCCACUGUCAUGCAGCUGGAACUGUUACCAGUAAAAGUUUUCUUUAUUCUUUUUAAAAUUAUGCAAUGACUAUGAUUUAUGUUUGGGUGUUUGGUAGUAUAGGUUCGAUUUAGGCAUUUGGGUUACACUUGAUUUUGGUUAAGCUUAUUAAAUUAGACUUGGUUUAUGGUUGGGGUAUUUGUGUUGUUCAUCUGGUUUUGUGUUUUGGAGUUAAAGUUGUUUUUGAAAAUUUUUCAAUCAGGCUGGAAAGCAGAGAGUAUAUUUGGUCUCUUCAAUUUCUUUAUGCUUCUUGAAUGAGCAUUCUUGGUGAAGAGUUUCCAAUCGUUUCACUCAGCAUUUAUCAAGUACAAAUUUAGGUGGGAAGGCAAAUUCUUGGAAGCAAUCCAAGUCUCUCCUCUGCUUUUGUGCUGUUCCUUCCCUGCAACACCAAAUGUUUCAUUCUUAAUUUCUAAUCUUACAAUGUUUACACCUUUUUAUUUCUAUACCUGUCACA